GCUUCUUUAAAACCAUAAACAAUUUUUUUUUUACACAAUUGUCCCAUUUUAGUCCCUUCCUCCUCUUUCUCUUCUGCACUCUGCUCUCAGUCACCUUGUUCUUCAUUUUUUUUCUUGAUUAUAACUUACUAAAAACAGCACAAUCUCUUAAUAUUCCUUCAGUUAAGCAUACCCAUUUUGUCAAAAUCUUUUCUUGGGAGUUUACAGUUCUGUAGAGAGAUUUUUUUUGUGUUUUGGUUGUGAAUCAACUGGGUUUUUUGAGUUUUUUCAAUGGGACCUAUAAGGGGGUUAAAGAGGAAGAAGAAGGUGGAGAAAGAUGUUGACCAAUAUACCCCUUUACUUUCUUCGUUAUCUCAUGUUUGUCCUUCAGAUUGGUGGGUCGACUUCUCCAAAAGGAUUUCUGGGACUUCAGUAGAGGAAGGAAAUUCAGUUACAUUUGAAUCUAUGUUCAAACUUUCAAGGAAGACAUUCAGCUACAUUUGUUCACUUGUGAAGGAUGCUAUGAUGUCUAAACCUACGAACAUAACUGAUCUCAGCGGUAAGUUCUUGUCUCUAGAUGACCGAGUUGCUGUUGCUUUGAGAAGGCUGAGUUCAGGCGACUCACUAUCAAUUGUUGGUGAGUCUCUUGGAAUACACCAGUCUACUGUCUCUCAGAUAACUUGGCGAUUUGUGGAAGCCAUGGAAGAAAGAGGCCUUCACCAUAUCCAUUGGCCUACAAAUCAAGAUGACAUGAAAGACAUAAAGUCGAAAUUUGAGAACAUCCGAGGCCUUCCCAAUUGUUGUGGUGCGGUUGAUACCACACAUAUCAUGUUUUGCCUCUCUACAGCUGAUCCAUCAAGUAAAGUCUGGUCCGAUUUGGAAAAGAAUCACAGUAUGAUUUUGCAAGCAAUCGUCGACCCUGAUAUGAGAUUCCUAGAUGUUUUAGCUGGCUGGCCUGGUAGUCUAAGUGACUCUGAGGUGCUCAAAAGCUCAAGAUUCUUCGAACUCACUGAAGAAGGAAAGAGGCUAAGUGGAGAGAAAUUUAACCUCUCAAACGACACAGAACUAAGAGAAUACAUUGUUGGUGACUCAGGUUAUCCCCUUUUGCCAUGGCUUCUUACUCCUUACACAGGACGUGAACUUUCUGAUCACCAAGCUGAUUACAACAAGCGGCAUUUUGCAACUAGGAAGGUGGCACAGAGGGCUUUGGCCAGGUUGAAAGAUAAAUGGAAGAUCAUUCAAGGAGUAAUGUGGAGGCCCGAUAAGCAAAAGUUACCGAGGAUUAUUCUUGUAUGCUGCUUGCUGCACAACAUUCUCAUCGAUUUAGAUGAUGGAGUUCAAGAUGAAGUGCCAGUUACUCAUCAUCAUGAUCCUGACUAUGGGCAACAAGUUGGUGAUUCUACCGAUAAAUCUGCUUCAAUUCAAAGAGAGAAACUUGCUCUCUACUUAGCUAACAAGCUUCCACCUAAUGUCCCUUAGGUUGUUCUCCUCUCAACUGAGAUAUGCUCAACAAUUCUUUGUAGUUCCAAAAGCUGGCAGAAUAAGUGUCAGAUUAUGAUCCAUGUAGAGUUUUAAGUCAAGAAAAAGUACCAUCUUGUGAAAAGACACCAACUAUUAACAACUGUGAAUUUUUAUGAUGUUAGUUAUACUAUCCAAAGGGAAGCUUUGUAGCAACGUUAAAGUUGUUUUCGUAUAAUCCAUAGGUCAGGUUUGAGUCAUGGAAUAAGUCACUGAUGCUUGAGUCAGGGUAGACUGCAUAUAUCA